UCCUCCUCCUUACUUCCUUGUUCCGAGAGUAUAGUAACAUUCAGAGAUCUGCUUUGUACGUCUGUAGAUGCCUGUUCUAUGCUUCCAGCCUGCCUGGCUGCUUGUCUGACCACAGUCAGGCUGAUUGUAAAGUAGUGAUGGCAGAAGCUCUUUCAAGUUGCUAGUGUUGACACACCAGGAGGACGGCUAGGGAGGCAGCCUCCGUCAACCAACCAAACGUGUUAGUCAAAAUAUGAGCUGCAGAUCUUGUGACAGACCAACAGAGGACAGACAGACGGAUGCCCUCGGAUGAGUCGGCCAAGGAGGCAGAAAAGGCAGCCGGAUAGCGUUUCCAAUGCAUUUGCAUUGUUUUGUAUGAAAUUUCAGGGUGAAUGGUUUCCCAAGGAUAGCCAAGCUGCCUAGCAAGUCUGUACAACACGAGGAAUAUCAUAAAUAAAAAAUGUGAGUUACUGAGGGUUGUGGUUCACUGUCGAGGACACUGGAUUGGUCUGACAGCAAGGUUUACAGGGAGAAGGGCUUUAAAUGUACUUGCUCUGAAGUAUAGCAGACAGUGAGUGAAUGUGGACACCUUUCAGGACACAGAAGCCGAAAAGGGAGGCUCCGCACAGAGCAAUGACCUUCGUCAUUCAUGACCCUGUGUCCUGGAAGGCCAUGCUUUUGCCAAUGUCGGAGCAACUGAAAUGGUGCAUUCUGGGAUUAUCUGUGGUCCUUUUCAUUCUGGCGAUGGGCCUCCUGUUGUGGCAGACCAUCCGCUUCUGCACAUACACACACACACCCCAGGAACCUGAUUCUUACCUCCCUCUUGAUACCCCACCACAGGGGCCACAGACCCAACACUCGUUCAUUCCAAACUACAAGAUGGAGGCCCCGAGGUGGACCCUCUCUCCGUCUGCGAGCAGCGCCCCGCCGGCAGAGCCCGGCUGCAGCUGGGAGAACGUGGAGCGGGAGGCGCAAGGUUCCCUGACGUUCUCCCUCUACCACGACCACGUUCAGUCCCAGCUGGUGGUCACCGUGCUGCAGGCCAGUGGGCUGCAGCCGCGAGCUCCCAACCAGAGGCUCCACCCCUUCGUCGGGGUGCGGCUGCUGUGGGCGGGACCUGUGGAGGAGGGGCGGAGCCUGCAGCGGGUGCAGGGGGAGUGGCAGAGCCGCGUGGUGAAGGACAGUCUCAGCCCCUCCUUCGGAGACCAGUUCAUCCACACCCUGGAGCCGGAGAAGGAGCUGGCUCGCCACACAGUCAGGCUGGAGGUGAAGGAUUAUGACAGCUUCUCCAGAGAAGAGUCUCUGGGCGAGGUGAGGGUUCCUCUGGGUCAGCUCCACAUGACCUCCUACCCCCUGGAGCUGCUGAAGGACCUGCACACACCUCAGAAGGACCUGGUUGGUGAGGUGCUGCUGUCCCUGAGGUUUCUGCCCACCUGCCAGAGACUGGAGGUGGGGCUGCUGAAGAUCAGGACUCUGCCACCACACACACACACACAGAAGGCACUGCAUGCCAGGGUCAGUGUCCAGUGUAACCAGGUUCAGCUGCAUCAUCAGAAGAGCUCAUACCAGCGCUACACAGAGGUGACCAUCUUCAACCAGGUCCUCCCCUUCUCCCUGCCCGAAACUGACAUCCAUCAGUGUUCCAUCAUGCUGUCUGUCUACCACAGCCUGGCAGGCAGGAAGUCCACACGCCGCCUUAUUGGUCAGACCAGCCUUGGGAAGGGAGGGGCCUUUGAGGACCAACACUGGAGCUUGAUGAUGCGAUCAGUUCGCCAGCCAAUCGCACAGUGGCAUCAACUCUUGAUCUGAGGCCGUUUUUUUUCUAGCGUGCCUCCUAGGCAAGACCAGGACAUGAUCAUAAUGUUUUAUCACAAAUAUACAUUUGAUUAUGGACAUAUUUAUUUAACUUGUGUAUGUGGACAUGUUUGAGUGGUAUGUGAAGGACUGUUACGUGAAUGUGAGUGAGAGUUUUUCCAAUAUCAGUUCUUCCACUGAACUGACAAGCUGACAAGAAACAAGACUAUAUUGGGGGUGUUUUUUUCAUAACAAUCUUGUUACUGUUUUAUGAGAUAUACAAUGUUAUAGUAUUUUAAAUCUUAUAGACAGUAUAUGAUCUUCUUGUGCAUCGAUCGUAUGCAGAUGUCCUUGUUUACCACACGAGGGCACUGUAACACCGGGGGUGUUCAGGCCAUACAGUCAUCUCAGCCAAGGGAGAUUCGGAACGUUUGCAGGUUUCCUUCCUUCCUCCCAGCUGCGAUGUCAGGUCAGGUCAUCUCAUAUUGCUCAUUUGGUUUUAGGUGUACAACAUCCUGUGUUUGUUUUGAACUGACAGAGGACAGCCAGUGUGUGUGAGAGACAGAAAUAAUGGUUUGCAAGAAAGCAUUAAGAGAGAGAGAGCAAAAGAUAGAGAUAGAGAGAUAGAGUCUGUGAGUUAGCAUGCCUCUCUCCCCAAAACACAGCUUUGUUGAACCCCUCCCCCCUGCAAUCCGGUCUUGUCAAAGGACAACAUCACCAUAGGUAAUACCAAGUCAUUAAACGCUGACUGUUGCUUCUCAAGGCCAUUCCCAGGCAUGACCCGCCCCCCUCUCCCAGCCAAUGGGCUGAUGGGGAAGCAGGUAGGGGGUAGAGGAUAGGGGAUGAGGAGGAGUCACGAGGCUAAGCCACGCCCUCCCCAGGCCCCAGACUCUUACGAUGCAUUCCUGCCUGGUAUCAAACAAAGCUGUCUCCUGAUACGGAUUUCAGAUGUUGACAAUAAUGGACAACCGUGAAGCCUUUAGUUAUAUUGUUUGUGAUCAAAAUAAAAUAACAACUGCUCGCUAUGCAUUUUCAAUUU